CAUAAUAAAUCUGCGGAAAUUUUUAUUAUAACUAUUAAAAAAUUACAAAACUUACGACCCGAUCAAAGUUCAUUAAUUUAGCAAUUAAUUCUAUAUGAAAAAUAUUUAUAUACUAACAAUUUGAUUGCGAAAAAGUGUAUGUAUAUGUUAGCACAGUGUCUGCUAGAGCGUAUGAAUCACGUCAUUGUAGAAUAAAUGUAUUAGGAACUGACCACAAGGAUGCGUAAUACCACUAAAGUAGAGGCAUUAAUAGAAAGUUGCCGCAGUGAAGGCAAAUGGCAAAAAGUAAUAGAAUUAACCGAUGAGUUAAAAACUGGAUCACCUAAUAAUGAAUGUUUAGCUCACUUUCUGGUAGGCGAGGCCAGGUUAGAAAGUUAUCUUGAGGACAAUCCUCCAAUUGAGAGUAAUUUCAGCAAAGCAAAAAAUGGCCUACAAGAAUCAAGAAGAUAUCUUAAUUUGGUAACUGGAGAAAAUGGACAAAAAGCUGGCAUUGCUUUGGAUGCUUACCUACUGCUGGCCAAGCUUUGCUAUGCUUGUGGAGAAUAUGAAAAGAGUUUGGAGAAUUUUAUAAAGGCCGAAUUAAAUACUUUGGCUGAGAAGGAAUUGACAUUACGAAGUCUAAAAAUCUUGGCUGAAUCAUAUGCCAUUAAAGGAUUAUGCUUGGAAAAUCAAACGGCCAAACCAACAUCAAAGUUUAAAAAGGCUGAAAAGGAAACGGAAAUGAUCUCGUGUUUCGAACGUGCAACGGAUUUGGGAUUAUUAUACCUUCAGGAACAGGAUAUUGCUACAUACUCUGCUUCUGCCAACAAUACGGGCGGUUCUACGUUGGCUAUUAAUGCCAGCGUUCAGCAAUCUGCUAGUAACAUGGCCAUCAGUUCGACUAUACCAGCAAAUCCCUUAGAAUUAAAUAGACGCAUGGGUGCAAUACUGGAAACAGCAUUACAGAGAGCACCAAUAGUACUAAUUAAAGCUGGUAAAUUACAAGACGCUAUUGACCGUUAUCGCACCAUGUUGAAUGCCAUCGAAACUAAAACGACACAAUCUUUACGUUUAACAUUAGCCAGACAACUGGCUGAAGUGUUGUUGAGAGGAGUAUCGGGUACAAUUUAUACAGCACCAUUUCAAAAGAAACAGGGAGCGAGCUCGGCUAUAAAAUCCUCAGGAUCAGCAAAGAAAUUAUGGAAGCCCAGAAAAUAUGCUGCCAGAAAUCAAUUUGUGCCACGUAAUCAACAAGAAGAGACUAUAUUGUUAUUACUAAUAGCAGAAGCUUUAGCUGUGCGGGAUACAGUUUUAUCACAGAGCCCCGAAUUUCGUGUGGCACGUACGCAUGCUAUGGGUAACGCCACAGCCGUAUACGAUUUACUGACAUUAGCCACUGUACGCUGGGGCCUCAUACAGCUAUUGAAUGAAUCUUUUGAAAAGGCUUUGAAAUUUUCAUUUGGCGAACAACAUGUCUGGCGUCAAUAUGGUAUUUCCCUAAUGGCUGCUGGCAAGCAUAUGCAUGCUCUAAGAGUUCUACAGGAAGCCAUGAAACUUAAUCCUGGUGAUCAUUUACCAUGUCUUUUAGCUGCCAAACUGUGCUACGAAUCAUUGGGCCUCAUAAAGGAAGGAUUAGAUUUCGCCCAACAAGCCCUGAAGAGAGAAACUAAAGGUCUAAGACCAUCACGUUGUCAACUCUAUGUGGGUAUAGGCUAUCAACAACUGGCCAUACAGAGUAUGCUAAAAACUGAACGCGAAAAUUACCACAAACUUGCACUGGAUGCUCUCGAGAAGGCAGUACAAAAUGAUGGCAACGAUCAUUUGUCCGAAUACUAUUUGUCUUUGCAAUACGCUCUUUUGAAUAACAUUUCCGAAGCAUUAACGCAUAUACGUUUUGCUUUAGCUCUACGUACUGAACAUGCUCCCAGUUUACAUUUAUUUGCUUUACUUUUAACCGCUUCACGACGUCCACGAGAAGCUUUGGUUGUGGCCGAAGAUGCUUUAGAAGAAUUUCCAGAUAAUUUGAAUUUAUUACAUGUCAAAGCCCACCUACAAUUACAUUUACAGGAUGCUGAAAUUGCUUUAGUCACAGUUCAGCGUAUGCUGGCAAUAUGGCGUGAAUUAUACGAGGGUCAAGUUAAUGUUGAAAACGAGGAAAAACAUUCCGAUACCAAGAGUGUUGUGUUGCAUGUGCCCUCUUCUCAAAUGUCUGAUAAGGAUUCGAAUUCUGUUUAUGCGGCUUCUCUGGCGGCAGUAUCCCGGGUGGAACAAGCUUUAAGUGAAGCAGCUAGUUCAUUAAGUUCGUUUACACCGCGACCUGGACCACAAAGACCCUGGAUGAUACAAAUUAAGAUAUGGCUACUUUUGGCUGAUGUUUAUUUAAAUAUCGAACAACCAGCUGAGGCUUUAAAUUGUAUACAUGAAGCAUCAUCAAUUUAUCCCCUAUCUCAUCAAAUAAUGUAUAUGAGAGGCCAAGUUUGCGUUUAUUUAGAACAAUGGAAUGAGGCAAAACAAUGUUUCCUAAAUGCUGUUUCGGCCAAUCCUAAUCAUACCGAUGCUUUAAGAGCUUUAGGAGAAACUCAUCAUGUUUUGGGUGAACCCCGUUUAGCUGAGAAAAUUCUAAAAGACGCCGCCAAGCUAGAUCCCCAUUGUCCAAAAAUAUGGUUUACACUAGGCAAAGUUUUGGAAUCAUUGGGCGAAUAUACCGCUUCUGCAGAUUGUAUGGCUACGGCUUUACAACUAGAGCCCACAUGCCCUAUACUUCCAUUCACCUCUAUAGCAUUAACAUUUGAAUAGAUUUUAUUGAUUUUUUUUUUACAUAUAAAAAUACUUUUUUAAUAUUUUGAUGUUAUUUUUUUUUAUAUUACACAUAUACAUGUAAACAUAUACCUCUUUUUUUCUAAUAUUAUUGUUAAUUGUUAUUUAGUAUGGUGUCGUAUAAACUGUAUGAUAAUAUUGGUUUUCAUACGUUAUCUGUUAAAGAUAAACAAACUUGUAUAAUUUUAAGAAAACCUGAAUUACAGUAUUAACAUGUAAUGCGAUAAUUUUUCUUAAACAUACAACGCUAAUUUUCAAUUAUAAACCUGGUUAAAUUGAAUUUUUAAUCAUAAUAUAUGUAAAUCAUUGUUAAAUUUUUUGUUUUUUUUCUGUGUGCAGGAUUUAUAAGUACGUAUACAUUAUUUUGUUAAUUAUAUACAAAGUAUAUGCGAUAAUUAAUAUUUAUUAAUAUGUAUUAAAAUGAUAUCAAAAUAAACAAUAAAAAUAUUGUUAGCAAUAUA